GAAGUGUGGUAAUUUUUGUUUACUCAUUCCUUAAUUUUCGUAACGUGUUUUUCUGAUCGUGAAGAUGUUGUUGUGAUGUCGUAGUUAUAAUAUUCAUCCCGAUGUUGGACGUAGGCCUCUUUUUAUGUAGUAAACACUCUCACUUCAAGAAAAAAUUCCAGGUUAAACAUUCGUGGAUACAUAAGAAAGCUUCAAACUUGUUGUUUGAAGCUUUCGAAGCCGUAUUCAUGGAACUAUGAACCUGGACUCAUUGUCUUUUGCCUUGUCACAAAUAAGUUAUUUGGUUACGAAUUUGACGAAGAAAAAUUUCAAGCAAAGUUGUCAAGAAUUAUCACAUCUGGUGUGGACCCACGGCCAGGAAGCGGACAGACACUUGCUGCGCUGCCUGUUCUCGCACAUCGACUUCAGCGUCGAGGGGAGCAAGCGCGACCGGGACGGCCAGAACGCCCACGCACAGCUGCUGGCCCAGGAGUGCACGGCGCUGCUCACCAAGCCCGCGCUCGUCGCCAAUCUCUGCCACGCCGUCGACAACCCCCUCCACCACCAGAAGACUCUGAAGCCAUCGCCGCAGUUGUUCGUCCAGCUGAGCAAGGUUUUGAAACUGAAACCAGUUCAAGAAGUCGUGUUUGGAUUGGCGCUUCUACGUUCUUCAAACCCGGACACACAGAGCUUCGCAACACAGUUUGUGAAAGCCCGCCUACCAGACUUGAUACGAUCGUACAUCGAUACUGAGAGCAGCUCGAGCCAACAGGACGGAGGCCUCCACGACGCCACGCCCGAGGUCCUGCAGAUCAUCCUGAGCAGCCUGUUGCACGGCCCCAAAGACCUCUUUGGCAUUUCUGUGGACACGAAGGAAGCACUUCUCAAGAGCGUGCGACGAGAUUUCCCUCGGGAGCUGGUGCCCAUUGUGUUGGCACCGCUGCUCUACCCUGCCAGUGCGGACCUGCCUAUGGACAAAGUGAACCAGGACGGGGCGGCCAUGACAAAUGCAGUGCACACGGGGUCGCUGGCCGAGCUGAUGGCGGAGGUGGGCUACAGCUUCUGCAGCAGCGUGGAGGAGUGCCGCGCCAACCUGGCCAGCGUGGGCGGGGCCCGAGAGCUCACGCCCCCCGCGGUGGCCCGCGCCCUCGCCAUGAUGGCGCGCACGCACUCGGGCCUGGAGGAGCGGGCCCCCCUGCAGGCCACGCCCUUCUGGGGCCCGGAGCCCACCAAGGACAAGCCCAGCUCCGCCGCCGACCCCACCUCCUGGAACAUAGAGGUCUUCGUGCAGGCCUUGAAGGAGCUGGUGCCGGGCCUGGCCUGGAGCGAGGUGGCGCUGGAGCUGGACCACGCAGAGUUCCUGGUGAAGGACCGCGCCGGCCUCAGCCUGCUGGUGACCGGCCUGCGUCUCGGGCUGCAGGGCCAGGGCUUCCGGCCGGAGCUCUUCCCCGUCGACUUCCUCUACCGCCACUGGAGCAACGUGGACGGACAGUUGUCGCUGGUGCAGCUGGCGGUGAAGCAUCCCGACGUGCUGGGCCUGACCGACCUGCCCCUGCGCUCGGUGCCCGUGGACGUGCUCAAGGCCCCGCCCGAGGCGGACAACAAGGAGGCGGGCGUGUGGCGCUCGCUGGACCUGCUGGAGACCCUGCUGUGGCUGGCGGAGCGCGGCCUGCACGCCCCGGUGCAGGAGCUGCUGAAGCUGCCGGCCCAGCAGUGCCCCGACGUGCUGGUGCUGGCGCUGCUGCACGCCGGCCCGCCCGUCACCGCGCUGCGCAACGAGCUGCUGUCGGGCCUCGUGCCCGUGUUCCUGGCCAACCACCCCAACUCCGCCGUCAUCCUGCACCACGCCUGGCACUUCCAGGACAUGAACAUCAAGCCCAUCGUGAUGCACUCGAUGGCGGAGUGGUACAUCCGCAACGAGAACGACCAGAGCAGGCUGUCGCGCAUCCUGGACGUGGCCCAGGACCUGAAGGCGCUGACGAUGCUGCUCAACGUGCAGUCCUACCCGUUCGUGAUCGACCUGGCGUGCCUGGCCUCGCGGCGCGAGUACCUCAAGCUGGAGAAGUGGCUGGCCGACAAGAUCCGCGAGUACGGGGAGCCUUUCGUGUCCGCCUGCGUCAAGUUCCUGCAGCGACGCUGCCCACAGAUCAUGGGUGGCAUGGUGAAGGAGGACAGCGUCCCCAAGUCAGCCCAGCUGCCCCACGAGACGCUGGCCGUCAUGCUCAGCUGCCUGCAGAACUGCACCGGAAACGUGUCCCAGGAGUUGUCGGACGUGAUCUUCACGAUGGUGACGAACUGCACGGUGCUGCUGAAGUCGCGGCAGCCUCCGCCGGGCGUGAUGCGCACGCAUCGCAACCUGGAGCAGGCCUUCAACCCCUCCUCCAUCAGCGGCCAGCUGUUCACGGGCCCGCAAGUGGACUCGAUGGGCAGCAUCGGGUCGAGCCUGGCAGGCAUGAGCCUGGGCGCGGGCGCGGGCAGCUCGGCCUUCAACCUGCCCGGGGCGCUGGGGCCGCUGGUGUCCACGCCGGGCUCCCCCUCGCGCCUGCUGGGCCAGGGCACCUCGCCGGGCCCCUUCCCGCUCAUCCAGCUGCAGCACGGCGGGCCGGUGGGCGCCGGCGCCCGCGUCGCCCCGCCGCCGGGCGCCCUCGACAAGCGCCUCGCCCCUGAGACUGCAAACCUGUUCCCCGACAUGCCCCAGAAUGUUUCCAAGGAGAUAGAGGACGAGGCAAACAGCUACUUCCAGAGGAUUUACAACCACCCGCCGCACCCCACGUUGUCGAUCGACGAGGUGCUGGAUAUGCUCAAGAAGUUCCAGGACUCCCCGAACAAGCGCGAGAGGGAGGUGUUCCAGUGCAUGCUGCGUAACCUGUUUGAGGAGUACAAGUUCUUCCCUCAGUACCCCGACAAGGAGCUGCACAUAACUGCACAGUUGUUCGGUGGCAUCAUAGAGCGCGGCCUCGUCAGCAGCUACAUGGUGCUGGGGCUCGCGUUGCGCUGCGUGCUGGACGCACUCAAGAAGUCCAGCUCCAGCAAGAUGUACUACUUCGGCAUAGCCGCGCUGGACCGCUUCAAGUCGCGCCUCAAGGACUACCACAAGUACUGCGGCCACGUCGCCUCCAUCGCGCACUUCAGCGAGUUCCCGCCUCACCUCGUGGAGUACGUGGAGUACGGGCUGCAGUCCCAGGAGCCGCCGAGCCGGCCCCAGGGCAGCGUGCAGGCAGCACUGACUGCCUACAAGCCCAGCACGUCCGUUGCGCCCGCCACCACCGCGCCCGGCACCGCCUCCAAGUCCUCGGGGCCCGCCCCCAGCAUCGCCAGCCGCCCGUCCAUCGCCAAUGCUACCAACAUCGACACGCUGCUGGUGGCCACGGAGAAGGAGGAGAAGAUGACUGCCCCGCCAGAGGCGCUCCAGGACAAGAUAGGCUUCGUGUUCAACAACCUGAGCCAGCUGAACCUGCAGACCAAGUGCGACGAACUGCGAGACAUAGUGACGGAGGAGUACUGGCCGUGGAUGUCCCAGUACUUGGUGAUGAAGCGGGCUAGCAUUGAGCUCAACUUCCACACGCUCUACUCCAACUUCCUGGACGUGCUGAAGAUCCCGGAGCUGAACCAGAUGGUGCUGUGCGAGACCUACCGCAACAUCAAGGUGCUGCUGCGCAGCGACAAGGGCAUCGCCAACUUCUCGGACCGCUCGCUGCUGAAGAACCUGGGCCACUGGCUGGGCAUGCUGACGCUGGCCAAGAACCGCCCCAUCCUGCACGUGGACAUCGACCUGAAGGCGCUGCUGGCCGAGGCCUUCCACAAGGGCCAGCAGGAGCUGCUGUACGUGGUGCCCUUCGUGGCCAAGGUGCUCGAAUCCUGCGCCAAGAGCAAGGUUUUUAAGGCCAGGAACCCUUGGACUAUGUCAAUAAUGAGUGUCUUGGCUGCCCUACACCAAUUGCAAGACCUGAAACUAAAUCUCAAGUUUGAGAUUGAAGUGCUCUGCAAGAACCUCAACAUUGAUGUGUCGGAACUGAAGCCCUCGCCCUACCUGAAGGAUCAGGAGAAGCUGCGGAACCUGGAGUACCAACUGUCGCACCCCAACAAGAAGCAGGAGACACUGGUGGUCCAGAACGUCUCCCCACCACCUGUCAAGCAGCAUCAUGGGAACCACGGCGGGGAGGAGGGGCCGGUGUCGCCCCCCACCCCGGCCACCCCCGCGGCUCCCAUCACCACCACCCCCACCUCCAGCCUGCCGGCCGGCCCGCCCGAGCCCCGCUUCAGCUACAUGGACCUGAACGUCACCUCUGUCAACACCAUCGCCCCGCACAUCACCAUCAACAGCCAGCUGGCCUUGUUCCAAGCGAACCCGCACCUGAAGCAGUGCGUGCGUCAGGCGGUGGAGCGCGCCAUCCAGGAGUGGAUCCACCCCGUCGUGGACCGCUCCAUCAAGAUAGCCCUCACCACCUGCGAGCAGAUUGUCAAGAAGGACUUUGCCCUGGACCCGGAGGAGACACGGAUCCGUGCGGCGUCCCACCACAUGGUGCGCAACCUGACUGCGGGCAUGGCCAUGAUAACCUGCCGUGACCAGGUCAUGGUGUCUAUCAGCACCAACCUCAAGACCAGCCUGCUGUCUGCGCUAAUGGGCCCCACGCAGCAGCAGAAGGAGCUGGUGGAGCAGACGGCCGGCCUGCUGGCCCAGGAGAACAUGGAGCUGGCCUGUGCCUUCAUACAGAAGACUGCCAUCGAGAAGGCCAUCCCCGAGAUAGACAAGCGCCUCCUCAACGAGUUUGAGCUGCGCAAGCACGCUCGCAACGAGGGACGGCGCUACUGCGACCCGCAGGUGCUCACGUACCAGGCGGAGCGCAUGCCCGAGCAGAUACGCCUCAAGGUGGGCGGCGUGUCGCCCCAGCAGAUGGCCGUGUACGAGGAGUUUGCCCGCAACAUCCCGGGCUUCCUGCCCCUCAGCGAGCGGGACGCGGCCAUCUUCAUCCCCAAGCCCGUCAGCCAUGAAUCAACAACUGCAAUAACACCAUUUGUGAGCACUGGACCGUCACAGCUGCAGACGUACGGCACGGACGACAUCGGCAGCGUGUACGACAAGCUGAUGAGCGACCUGGACCUGUACCUGCAGUGCCUGAUGGGCUCGCAGGGAGUGAUGUCCAGCUCCUCCUGCGUGUCGCGCCUGCACAGCCUGCUGGAGGCCCUGGCGCUGGCCCGGCGCCACCGCGACGUCGUCUCCGCCACCUCCCUCAUACAGAAGGCGGUGGAUGGGCUGAUGGAGCUGCUGCCCCCCGGCUCGGGCGACCAGGAGCUGGUGGCUCGCUGCCGAGACAUCCACCUGCGCGUGCUCAAGGCACUGCAGGACCCGCGCGCCUACGGCAUGCAGUGGACCAACAAGCAGGUCACCCGGUGCCUAAUGGAGAGCCGGGACGAGCUGCGCUACAACCUGGACGUGGUGGACUGCCUGAUCCGCUCGCAGCUGGUCAACCUGGCGCAGUACGACGUGCACGUGAUGCAGCUCAUGGACAACGGGCUCAACUACAUGGCCGUGAUCUUCGCCAUGCAGCUGGUGCAGAUCUACCUGCUGGAGGACCGCCACAGCUCCGCCGUGGGCGAGAGCGACCUGUGCAACUGCAUCGACAUGCUGGUGCGCAUCGCCACCCUCAACCCGCGCCCCCCCGACGGGUUGACGAACCUGAUUGACCGGCUGAAGGCGAAUCACGAUCCUGCGAUCCUGGUGGACCGGGCCCAGGGCGGGCCCACAGCCCACAUCCACUCCAGCAUCCUGCAAGUGCGGGCCAGCGACUUCGACGACCCACCGGCGCUGGUGGAGAAGACGGACUUCCUGAUGCGAGAGUGGGUGAACCUGUACCACAGCCCCUCGGCCGCUCGCGACCAGACCCGCACCUUCAGCAUGUUCGUGCAGCAGUUGAACCAGCACGGCAUCCUGAAGACGGACGACCUGAUCACGCGCUUCUUCCGCCUGAGCACGCAGAUGUGCGUGGACAUGUGCUACCGCACCAUGUCGGAGCUGAGCCAGAGCCACACGAUGGUGCGAGCCAAGUGCUUCCACACCCUGGACGCCUUCGUGCGCCUCAUCGCGCUGCUGGUGAAGCACUCGGGAGACUCCUCCAACACCGGCACCAAGAUCAACCUGCUCAACAAGGUGCUGGGCAUCGUGGCGGGAGUGCUGCUGCAGGACCACGAGAACCGCCUCACAGAGUUCCAGCAGCUGCCGUACCACCGCAUCUUCAUCAUGCUGCUGCUGGAGCUGAACGGCCCGGAGGCCAUCCUCGAGGCCAUCAACUUCCAGGUGCUAACGGCGUUCACACACACGCUGCACAUCCUGCGGCCGGCCAAGGCGUCGGGGUUCGCCUACGCGUGGCUGGAGGUGGUGGCCCACCGGGUGUUCGUGGGGCGCAUGCUGGCCCUCACGCCGCAGCAGAAGGGCUGGGGCCUGUACUCGCAGCUGCUGGUGGACCUGUUCCGCUUCCUGGCGCCCUUCCUGCGCAACGCGGAGCUGGCCAAGCCUGUCACGCUGCUGUACAAGGGCACGCUGCGAGUGCUGCUGGUGCUGCUGCACGACUUCCCCGAGUUCCUGUGCGACUACCACUACACCUUCUGUGACGUCGUGCCGCCCAACUGCAUUCAGAUGCGCAACUUGAUUCUGUCGGCAUUCCCGCGGAACAUGAGGCUGCCGGACCCGUUCACGCCCAAUCUGAAGGUGGACAUGCUCCCCGAGAUAACUCACGCUCCGAGAGUGAUUGCCAACUUCUCCACCAGCAUCCAGCCACUCAGCUUCAAGAAGGACCUGGACUCGUACCUGAAGGCGCGGGCGCCCGUCACCUUCCUGUCGGAGCUGCGCAGCAGUCUGCAGGUGUCCAGCGAGCCGGGCCUGCGCUACAACAUCCAGCUGAUGAACGCCCUGGUGCUGUACGUGGGCACCCAGGCCAUCAGCUUCAUCCGCAACAAGGGCCUCACGCCCACCAUGACCACCAUCGCGCACUCCUCGCACAUGGACAUCUUCCAGAACCUGGCCGUCGACCUGGACACCGAGGGUCGCUACCUGUUCCUGAAUGCGAUAGCCAACCAGCUGAGGUACCCCAACAGUCACACGCACUACUUCAGCUGCACGCUGCUCUACCUGUUUGCUGAGGCCAACACGGAAGCCAUUCAGGAGCAGAUCACCCGGGUGCUGCUGGAGCGACUGAUCGUGAACCGGCCGCACCCCUGGGGCCUGCUCAUCACCUUCAUAGAGCUCAUCAAGAACCCCACCUACAAGUUCUGGAACCACGAGUUUGUGCACUGCGCCCCCGAGAUCGAGAAGUUGUUCGAGUCGGUGGCUCGAUCGUGCAUGGUGCAGAAGCAACUGCUCACCAACCCUGAGAGCGAACUGGGAGAGUAGCGACGCUGGUCAGUGAAGUCAUCGGGAAGUAAUUACUACCAUUAUUUAUUAUGAAAUGUGUGCGCGACAGUGGUGAAUAAUUUGGACAUGAAUUUGGAUUUUUCAGUGAUUAUGUAUAAAAUUAUUAUAGUUAAUCUGUUGUGAAUUUAACUAUAAAAAGGGCAAAACCAAAAUGCACUCAGGAGAACUUGUAGAUAAUUAGUUGUGUGAUGUUUUAUACGUGUUGGAAAAGUCUUAAGUCUUAAGUGUAGUGCUUAGUAUCACAUGUCUGUGUGAGACACUGCUGACUUGCGAAUUUUGUGUCAGCAUUCUGAAGUGUCGCGCUGUUAACUCCAGCUAGGAAGAAGUAUGGUUUCUAGUAAAUGAUUUAAAAUUGAUUUUAAAAGUGCAGCUUGUAUAUUUUUAAACAUGAUAUUGUAAAAAAAACAAGUAUGUUAUGAACUUGGUUCUUAUGUACAAAAGAUCCAGCUUGUAAAAUAUUUCUAGUUUUUAUGGUUGUUUGUAUAGGUGUGUUCAAUAAAUAUUUGUAACGAUGCGAGUAAGAUUGUUCAUGUUUUUAUUUAUGAUAAUGUACUAAUUAGGGAUGGGACGAAACCACAUUUUGGUCGAAUCCGAAUCCUUGUUCGAAUCCUCAGUGUUUGUCAUCGAAUCUCGAAUCCCAGUCCCACACUAAACUUCACCACAUGUUAUUAAAAAAAAUCACACAUUUAUUUUAAAAAAUUAAAUAGGACUAUGUAUUAAAAAAAAUCACAUGUGUAUUUAUAAAAUUGUAAAAUAAGUGCAUAGUGUAUACACCUGAUAUAAAAUAGAGACAAAUAACCUCAAAAACCACACACAUAAGUUUGCAUCUGUCUAAUUCUCUGUUAAAUUAAUCCUUCCUAUGUUUUCAAUAAAAUACAUUUGUAUGACAGACACCAUUAAAAAAAUUACAUUUAUUCUGCAAUGUUAUAUUAUUGAAGGUUGGAAAUGAUCGAGUAGUUAUGCUAAUUGACAAAAUGCAGCGUAGUUUAUCUUAUGUUUGUGCUAUUUCCGUUACCUUUAUAAUAUUAUUUAGGUAUACAAUUUUCUAGAGCUGGACGAACCUCAGUUCUCUAGUUUCGAACUGAAUCGAACCAUAGCAAAAAAAUUUCGAACCGAGACGAACCAAACCUCAUACAGAAAUAAUUGUUUUGAAUUAAAAUGAACCGACCACCAGCAUUUUGGUCUUUAACUGAAUGGUGAGAAAGAAAGGUUCUCCAGCCAUAUGUAAAAUUAAAACAUUAUAUAGCUU